UGGGGCGUCGAAUUUCCUAUGGGACUAUUGUCUCAUGCCGACGCCAAAAGUGACGUGAUGAACUGAUGAUCCUUCAAUUCUGUUUUAUUUUUCUUCUGUAUAUUGGACCAGAUUAACCUAAUUAGACAUACUUCGAGUUGCGGCGCUACGCCGAUAAAAAUACAUGUAUAAUAACAUCACUCAAGACCAUCUUAUGGAUCCUAAGCCGCCGGAGAUGACGUUUUUCCGGUUGGAGUCGGCAGACACAACCCCCAUCAGGGAGUUGGAUUUCUUCUCCGGCCACAAUCGUCACAGAGAAGCAACGGCUGCAGCGGUGGCGGUGGACGAUGAGAACUCAUCGUCGUCCGCCCUUGGCUCAUCAGGCACUACCAAUAUCGACACAGGAUUAAACCUUCUAACAGUGCCCUCAAAGACUCUCCAAACAAGCAUCGGGAGCAAGAAGAAACCUGAAAUCAAGUUGAUUAUGCUUCAAGAUGAGCUAAAGCUAGUGAAAGAAGAAAACUGGAGAUUAAGAAGCAUGUUGGAUCAGCUCAGAAGGAACUACACCGCCCUGCAGACGCAGUUUCAAGUGAUACACCAAAGAGAUCAUCCACGCCAAGAACAUGAUGGGAAGAUCAUCAGUAGCGUAGCCGGUCCAGGAUUGCAAUUAUUGGAUCACCAGUUCAUGGAACCCGGUCCAAGUGGACUAAAGCGAAAGAUCAGGAGUAGUCGUUAUACAGAGGACGAUGGAGAGCAGUCAUCCCCUCUCAAUCUAACGACCUCCACUACUCCGACCAUCUUUCCUUCUCAUCCAACCGAUUGCUCCGCGGACCAGCCAAGCUCAUCGAUGGAGGAGAAGACGAAGGCCAUCAAAGAGGACGGGAAUGCUGACACCGAGCUCUCAUACAGGAAAACAAGAGUCUCCGUCCGCGCUCGCUCUGAUGCUCCCAUGAUUAGUGAUGGGUGUCAAUGGAGGAAGUACGGUCAGAAGAUGGCCAAGGGCAAUCCUUGUCCACGGGCAUACUAUCGUUGCACCAUGUCCAACGACUGCCCCGUUAGGAAACAGGUACAAAGAUGCUCCAACGACAAGAGCGUUCUGGUGACCACCUACGAGGGCAUCCACAAACACCCUCUCCCUCCAGCGGCCACCGUAAUGGCGAACACCACCACCGCCGCCGCCGCCAUGCUCCUCUCUGGCUCCACCACCGGCAACACCCACCACUCGUCCAGUUCUCUUAUGGCAUCUGCCUCCGGCACUGGCUUGAUGCACAUGCACUACCCCUUCGCCUCCCUCUCCGCUUUGACUCCCAUCCCCACCGUCACACUCGACCUCACAAACCCGUCCGACACCCCCUACUCUCUCCAACACCAACUCUCGUCGCUCUCUACGUGCAACCUGUUUCUGCCACAGCCAUCUCUAAUCCAAUUCGGGCCACAGCCGCCACCGCCACAGUCAUCGUCAGUGAUGGAGACGGUUACGGCUGCAAUCGCGACGCACCCAAACUUCACAACGGCAUUGGCGGCUGCCAUCUCGUCUAUGAUGGGGGUGACUUCUGGAUUCGCCAAUGGGGAGGGUGGCGGAGGCACUGCAAAAUCGAGUGGAUCUCCUCGACUUGCAAAGUCCUGCACCACCUUCUCCGUUAACUGAUACAAGCAAAUUAUACCACUGUAAAUACUUUAUCGUUCUUAUUUUUAAUUACUCUCUGUUAAUUUCAUAAUUAUAUAAAAGGAUAUAUAUAUAUAUAUAUAAAGUGGAAAACAGAAUAUAUUUACAUAAUUACAGGAGAAUUAAAUCGAUUUAUAUUGUUGAAAAUCAUCCGUUGGUUGUAUUUAUGUUAACAUGCACAACCUGCCACUUCAAGAGACCGACUUGAGUGGAUUAUGAUUUUUUUUUUCUUUUUUCCUUUCUUCAACAGUUUGAUCUUCCACCACUUUUAGCAUUAUUUAUUUUUCUAGAAUUGUUUGUUUAAUUAAUUUUCAUAUGAGAUUUUUGUAAUGAAAAAGUUUCUCAUGUGGAGGAAUUUUACAUAUAUAUAGGAGAACUAUAUAUGCUGCAUUUGGACUGAUUAGAGAUCAGAUUGAGGGAAUUAUAUUUGUGUAAGAUAUAUUGUACAUUUGAACCGUUUAUAAUGGGAGCUAAGCCUUCAAGAAAUCUA